CGUCAGUGCGUGUUUGCUCCGAGUAGAGAACGGAGGCUGGCGCGUUUUCCUCCAUUUUCCAACUGAUAAGCAGCAGCUCCAGCUAAUCCCCGAAAGAUGAAGCCAUUGAUAGUGGUCGUGCUCGUGGGCCUGCUGGCAAGUGGCUGCCACAUUGUUCACUCCCAGGAGCCUGGCGAUGCUGUGGAGCAGGAAGCCAGCGAGUCGGAUGACGCACUUAAGAUCAAGGAGAGUCAGGCCAGCAUAGCCGCCCAGGUGGAGGCCAUGCUCGUGCACUUUCAGCAGGAGGAUCCGCAGGGGCUGCCCGGCGUGCCCGUGCCCGAUCCGUUGGAGGUGCCCAAUGUGAAGAAGAGCAUGGGCAUGGCCAAUCUGGACAUGAAGCAGGUCAAGGCGUAUGGCUUGUCCAAGUUCCGCAUUGAUAAAAUGAACCUAGACCUGAAGGAAAUGAGAUUCAACGGUGGCCUCCAGCUGGAUCAGAUGCUGGUCAAGGGCCAGUACACCCUCAGUUCAUUCUUUUCGAAAGCCAAUGGACCCUUUACUGUAGUCCUGAAGAACGUCUAUGCCGAGGCAACCGCCUUCUUGGCCGUCGAACGAGACGGUCAACUGGCCACGGACCGCAUCAAGAUCGACAUCACCUUCUCGGACAUGACAAUGGACUUCCAGAACCUCGGUCUGGUGGGCAGCGUCUUUCAGAGCGUGGUGAACGGUGCGCCCAAUUUGGUCUUCGACGCCAUGAAACCAUUCAUGCUCCAGGAGGCGGACAAGAAGCUGCGCGGCGAGAUCAACGUAAUGAUCCAGAAAACCUUGGGCGACCGCCGACUGCCCAAUUCUAUAACGCCACUGGACAGCGCCAUUGCCAUGGCACGCAAGAUGGUGCGCCAGCAGGGCUACGACCCGUACCACCUGCCUGAUGUCAACCGCACCAUGGGCGUGUUCAGUGUCCAGUUAGCACACACCUGGAUCAAUGGAAUCUCUAGCUUCUACCGCGUGGGCAACAUAACCGCUGGCAUGGCCAACAAAACGGUGUCGGUCGUCCUGCAAAUAGGCACCCAGCAGGUGACGGGAGCCGGCCAGUGGGAGGUGGGUGUGGGCAUGAUGACCCGCGUCGGUCACGUACAAUUCACGGUUCAGCACAUACGCGCCACCGUGGCCCUGAGCCAAUCCCUGGACACACGCAAGCGGGCGCAGAUCACCGAUCUGCAGUUUGACAUGGGCAACAUACAGGUGCGAUGCGACGGAGCGGGAACGCUGGACUACGUCAUGGAGUUUGCGGUGAACGUCAUUCCCAACCUGCUGCGCUACCAAAUCAUGGACGCCAUCGAGAACCCCAUCAAGCAGCGCGUGCAGGAGAAGUUCAACACCAUCGAUGUGGAGCAGGUCAUCAAGACCAUGGCUCAGAACAACUUCAAAUUUGACCCAAAGCUGUUGGGCUUGUGAGUCGUGGUAGUAAGUGAGAAAGUUAUGCAAUCGAAUAAAGAUUUAUCCCUAGAACAUGGGUAAUCACAAGCUA